GGGGGGGGGGGCAUUCAAUCAAUAUACUCAACGAGUAGAUCUGGCACUAUGUUUCUUCUAGGACAGAAGAUCAAGGUAUUUUUAGUCUUGUGCACUCGUGUACGGUGUGUUCAAGUGGCAAUAGUUGUAUGUGGCAUGGGUUAGAUCUUCAAGGUCUUGUGGUAGUCUCAUCCCCAUCCUUAUCUCUAACAUUUAUCUCUUGAUAAGCAUCGGAGGUUCAAAUUUGAAGUAUCCGGUGGCCAUUGGGGCCGAGGACCGCCCAACUAUGAAUCUGUCUCGGGUAUUUCCUGGAUAUGCAUUCGUGCUGGCAGUUGACUACCCGUGAAACCACCACCACCACCCGCUUGUUGAGAGUCGUCGGGCACUACUGAGCCCCAUGUCAGACGCCGUCGAGCUCUGUACAAUAACAGAUGCAACACCUGCACCAGCGCGUAGUAAUGAAGGUUCUACCAGUGUGGGCGCCCAUUUCAACGAGAGUUCUCUUGCACCUAUAGACCGAGGAUUCGGUGCCUGGUCUUUCUUACUCGGAGCCUUCCUGAUUGAAGGUGUCGUCUGGGGGUUCCCUAACGCCUACGGUGUGUUCCUCGUGAAGUAUCUUGAGGAUCCGGCAUGGACAAGCCAAAAACACGCCAGGUCUCUUCUUCCCCUUAUCGGUCCUCUAGCAUCUGGGAUGAUGUACGGUACCGAGACGGCAGCAUCCAUAGCAUUCCCUGCGGCAGCCCGGUUUCCACGUUACAGAAGGAAAGCCCUGUGGUUAGGCGUAGUCCUCGUCUUCACUAGCCUUUUUGGAGCGAGCUAUGCGCGCACCAUACCAACUCUGUUGGCACUACAAGGGAUAAUCUAUUCCGUUGGCGGCGUUCUCUUGUGGGCGCCUGAGAUAUAUUAUAUGUCUGACUGGUUUGUCGAGCGUCGCGGGCUGGCGUUAGGCGUUAUCGAUGCCGGUACUGCAUGCGGCGGUUUGGUACUACCGUUAGUCCUGCCUCCGCUCAUCGACAAGUAUGGCUACGCCAAGGUCAUGCGGUUCUACAGUAUCGUCUGCGCAGGCAUUCUCACACUCGUCGUCCCUUUCGUCCGUGGUCGCCUUCCAGAGGCUCGGAUCGUGCACGGGCCGAUAAAUCCUAGAGCUGUCGCCCAACACCGGUUCUUCUGGCUCAAGGACAGAACAUUCUGGGUCAUCAAUCUUGCGAACACUCUCCAGGGCUUGGCAUAUUUUCGUCCCUCUGCUUUGGCUGCCGAGUAUGCCCUUCGCUCCUCAAUCUAUUCUCAUUCAGCGCUCACGUUCAAUGACUUAGCGUAUGCCUCGUCUCUGCGUCUCAGCUCGCGCGAUUCUUCGCUAUCGCUGGCGCUUCUCAACGCAGCAUCACUUGUCGGGCGGCUGAGCAAUGGUUUGUUGUCCGACACCAUCAAUCCUUGGCUCAUUGCGAGUGUAACCCUCAUGCUCGCAUCGCUAUCUGUCUUCGUCCUCUGGGGCGUGUUGUCAUACACACUUACGGGUGUGCUCGUGUACGGUAUUGCCUACGGCUGUCUAGCAGGAGGCUGGACGAGCCUCUGGGUGAGCUUCCUCAGGCCUAUCGCUAAGGACGAUCCCACUCUUACAACAUCUAUGCUGGGCUGUAUGCUGCUAUUCCGUGGUGUCGGCAACAUUCUCUCGACCCCUAUCUCGACCGCUCUUCAGAAUAACGACUCUGGCAUUGGCAGCCAGCCAAUCGGCAUUGGAGAUGCAUACAAGGGCUCGUACGAGAAGGUCAUCCUAUACGCGGGAACGUGCUUUGCGGCUGCUGCCCUCGUCCUUGCCACUGGAUGGAUCAUGGGCGGGACUUUCGCUUCCAGGAGACGGUGAAAAAUCCACCUAAGAACAUGUAUUUCCGUUGCUCAAUGUGUGUUGCUCUACGUGAGGACACGUCCCAUCGAUACAUAGCUGUUGUCUUCAAAGCCGAUAUUACGCUUGGCGGGGUCUUCCGUCCGCCUGAUUGCCCGGGACAAGU